UCUCAGUUUCUCUCUCUCUCUCUCUCUCUCUCUCUCUCUCUCUCUCUCUCUCUCUGAAUCAGUCUUUCCAUUUUUGGAAGCGGUUUAUCGGAUCAAACUGAUAAACCAAACCAACAUUGUCAAUUGAACAGAUCACAUUUGUGAUUUUUUUGUUUUUGAUGGAGAAAUUUAUGAAGAUGGGAGGUCUACUGUUUCUGCUAUUGGGGGUUGUACCUUUGGCUUUGGGAGGUGGACAUGACUAUGGGCAGGCACUCACUAAGAGCAUUUUGUUCUUUGAAGCUCAGAGAUCUGGUUACCUUCCUGGUAAUCAAAGAGUUAAAUGGAGAGGAAACUCUGGUCUUCUCGAUGGCAAAGCCAGUGGGGUGGAUCUGGUUGGAGGAUACUAUGAUGCAGGGGAUAAUGUGAAGUUUGGGCUUCCAAUGGCGUUCACUGUUACCAUGAUGUCGUGGAGCAUUUUGGAGUAUGGUUCGCAAAUGUCUUCGAGUGGUGAGCUCGGUCAUGCCAUGGAUGCUGUGAAGUGGGGGACUGAUUACCUCAUUAAAGCUCAUCCACAACCUCAUGUUCUAUAUGGAGAAGUAGGAGAUGGUAACACAGAUCAUUACUGUUGGCAAAGGCCGGAGGAUAUGACGACUUCACGAAGUGCUUACAGAAUUGACCAAAACAAUCCCGGAUCCGACCUCGCCGGUGAAACUGCCGCCGCUAUGGCCGCCGCUUCUAUCGUGUUCCGCCGCGCCAAUCCGGCCUAUUCGAGAGAACUUCUCACUCACGCCCACCAGCUGUUUGAUUUUGCCGACAAAUACAGGGGUAAAUACGACAGUAGCAUCUCCGUGGCCCAGAAGUACUACAGAUCUGUCAGUGGAUACGCCGAUGAAUUACUUUGGGCAGCUGCUUGGUUGUACAAGGCAACAAACCAAGAGUACUACUUGAAUUACUUGGGGGAAAACGGUGACGCCCUCGGCGGCACCGGGUGGGCGAUGACGGAGUUCGGUUGGGAUGUUAAGUACGCCGGCGUUCAGACCCUUGUCGCCAAGCUUUUGAUGGGUGGGAAAGCCGGUGAACACUCGUCGGUGUUCGGGAAAUACCAAGAGAAGGCGGAGAUGUUUAUGUGUUCGUGUAUGGGUAAAGGUUACCACAAUGUUCAAAGGACUCCCGGAGGUUUGAUUUACCAGCAACGAUGGAAUAACUUGCAGUUCGUCACCAGCGCCUCUUUCCUCCUCACUGUCUACUCCGACUACUUAACUUCCGCCAGGAAAGAUCUUCGUUGUUCUACCGGCAGUGUCGCUCCGUCAGAGCUUCUCGCAUUUGCCAAAUCUCAGGUGGAUUACGUUCUCGGAGAUAACCCUAGGGCGACAAGCUACAUGGUCGGGUACGGAAACAACUACCCGCAACAAGUCCACCACCGUGGUUCCUCGAUCGUCUCCGUAAAGGUUAACCCGUCGUUCGUGAGUUGCAGAGGCGGAUACGCGACGUGGUUCAGCCGGAAAGCAAGCGACCCGAAUCUGUUAACCGGCGCCAUUGUCGGUGGUCCUGAUGCUUAUGAUAACUUCGCCGACCACCGUGACAAUUACGAGCAGACUGAACCCGCUACUUAUAACAACGCUCCUCUUCUUGGAGUUUUAGCCAGGUUACACGGUGGUCAUUCCGGCUUAAACCAGCUACUUCCGGUUGAAAUCCCUCACGUCGCUAAACCUAUCGCUGUUCAACCUAAACCUAAAGCGUCUCCGACCGCUUCCGCCGCUCCAAUUGCGAUCGAUCAAAAGGCUACCGCUUCAUGGGUGGCUAACGGAAAAACAUAUUACAGAUACUCCGCCGUGGUGACUAACAAAUCCGGGAAGACGAUGAAGAAUUUGAACCUUUGGGUAUCGAAGCUGUAUGGUCCACUUUGGGGUUUGACCAAGAACGUUAACGGAGGAUCUUAUGGGUUUCCGACGUGGGUCAGCUCGUUGCCAGCUGGCAAAAGCAUAGAGUUUGUGUACAUCCAUAGUGCUCCAAUCGCCGACGUGUCAGUUUCAAGCUACACAUUGGCCUAA